UGUAUCAGAAUGUAGCUUCUUUACAUUCUGUGCCGUCUGACAUGCGUUCCCACGUCAUUAUCGCUGCUGUCUUGUGGUGUGGUUUUGUAGACUCGCGGAAAGUAAGAGGAAUAUCUUCUUCCUGUACGUUCACUGUCCCCUUCAAGCUAGCUUAAGGCUAAGUAGCUAUCACAUUAUUUGUAAAUUAAACUUCACGGUGUAGCGUGAUUUGUUAACAGCUCUUCAGCUUCAACAAAUACAACAUUUUGUAAGUUCCUAUGAGGUUGUCAUCGCUGUAGAUCACCGGGACACUUAAAUAGCAUAGUGCUAUCGUUAGUGUUAAUUAUAACACCUGCUUGUCCUUCUAGUACCAGUCGACAUGUUUACUAUGAGUAAAAGUUGCCUAGAAGUAUUAAAUGGAGAUCCUGACCAUUGUGUUCGUUACAAUUAAAGUUAAUUAACCAACCAGGCUUGAACAGUGCCCGUCUUUUCAUUUAAAAAAACGUCGAUAGUCUAAUUAUUAACAUGAACAAAUGUAUUUUUGAGGGAGAAAACCAUUCUCACCCAUAAUUGGUCAAUAUAUGGCUAGGGUCGCACAUGGCUAGGAUAAAAACCAAUAGGAAGGCUCAGGAUCAUCACGUGACCGCAUGUUUCAGGAAGUCAGGACACGAUCAGUUUAAAUGUAUGUAUGAGUUUGAAGCACAGUUAAGCGGGUUGUUGUACUGCAGGAGGGAGAAGGUUUAUAAGUGUGUCACCUGACAUGCGUUUCCACGUUAUUAUCGCCGCUGUCUUUUGGUGUGGUUUCGUAGACUCGCGGAAAAUAAGAGGAAUAUCUUCGUCCUACAAGCGGUUCUACAGGGAGAGGAAGUCCUUUCUGUGCAUCGACGGCUCCAAGAUCAUUCCCUUUGAGCAGGUGAACGACGACUACUGUGACUGUGAAGACGGCUCUGACGAACCAGGCACCUCCGCCUGUCCCCGAGGCCGAUUCUACUGCACCAAUCUGGGGUUCCGCCCACACUACAUCCCGUCAUCACGAGUCAAUGAUGGCAUCUGUGAUUGCUGCGAUGCUUCAGAUGAAUACAACAGCCACGCUCGCUGCCAGAACACUUGCUGGAAUCUGGGACAGAGAGAGAGAGCGUACGUGGAGGGCCAGAUGAGGACUUUGGACGAGGGUUUGCAACUCAAGCAGCAACUGAUUGAGGAGGGAGUGCUGCUCUGGAGAGAGAAACAGGCCCAGCUCAGAGAGCUUCAGCAGGUGGCAGAGGACCUACAGAUCAAAUUAGAGGAACACAGGAGGAAGAAGCACGAGGCCGACCGACUCAAAGAGCAAACGUUAAAGGCGCUGGAAGCAGGGGACAGCGGUCUUUUUAGACGUCACAACAGCACAGUAAGCGGCACUUUCAAGUUACUGGACAGCAAUAAAGAUGGCAGUAUAACGGUGGAUGAAGUCCAGGCUAAAGUGGUACUUGUCCACGAUGAAGAGCGGGUUCUCUCUGAGGAUGAAGCAAUGGCUUUGUUGGGAGGAGGCUAUCAGAUGGAUGUCACCAAGUUUCAGCACACCCUCUGGGACGUCCUGACAAAAGGAGACAGUGUCAAGAUCAGAGACGCACCAGGCGUGGGUGAAGAUCCUCACUUAAAGGCAGCUGACAGAGCUGCAGAGUGGGAGGCUACCAAUCUGAAGAAAGUCGAAGAAGCCUACGAGACAGUCAACAUGGAAAUAAGUGAUCUCCGGAAAAAGCUGGCCAUCGACUAUGGACCCGAUUGGGAGUUUCUGUUUUUGAACAGCCAGUGUUAUAAGCUGAAAGUAUACGAGUAUACCUAUACCCUGUGCCCAUUCAACCAAGUCACACAAAAGAGCACCGCAGGAACAGAGGUCUCAUUGGGGAGGUGGGGGAUGUGGGCAGAUGCACCAAAGAACCAGUACAGUCAGAUGGUGUAUGAGAACGGAGAACCCUGCUGGCAAGGAGGUUCCCGCAGUACUACGGUCACAUUGACAUGCGGAACAGAGACAGCUUUGCGAUCGGUGAAGGAGCCCAGCAAAUGCCAGUACAUCAUGGACUUUCAGACUCCUGUGGCCUGUCAGCUGGUGCUGAAGCAGCGGGGCAUACACAGUGAACUGUGACCUCUUCCCUUACUGGCCUAGUCGAGAUUAAUUUAGCCCCCCUUGGCUAGCCCGCGGUGACAGGCUGGGGUCCUGAGGGUUCCCUCUGACAUCUGUGUUGUCAGAACAUAUAUACUUCCAAGCAAGUCUUGCUAAGGUCAGAAUCUGAUAUUCAGUAACACUGCACCUAGACCACUUUAGUUUUCAUGAAUUGUUAGUGUUGCUGUAUAUUGUCAUAGUUUACACAAGUAUUCUUCAAACUGCACUAUAUUCCUUAUAUGGGUUUACCCAUACAAGAUUACGAUGUAAAUAAUUAAAUAACGUGAAAUUAGAUCAAUUACAAGCCCUAAUGACAUUGCCACUAACUUAACUGCUGCAUCACAUAACUGCUUAUUCGUGAGCACAAAUAAAAGGACUGUCCUUCUAUUUGAAUAUUUUAUAGUAUUGCCUGUUAAGCCAGAGCGUGAGUCAGCUUCACAUAGAGCCCCAUUAUUAUCCAAAAACUCUUAAAAACACUGAAGUUUAUUUUGAGUCAAUCAUACACCGCCCUUCAGCUGUAGAUAUUCACUCUAGCGCCAAAUGUGUAUUAACCCACAGCUGAAAGUAGUCCCCAAACAAAAUGCACUAUUCACUAUUGUUUGAGUAACUUUUAGUAGAAACAGUGGCCAGCUUUUACGGAAUUAUUCAGCCUUUCAAAAAAAUGUUAAUAUAUAAUUGUGACCCGUUAUUACAGAAUUUUUCUUUUCUUUUUUUAAUCACCAGAAAGAACAAACAGGGUAAGGAAGUUAAGAAGUAUUGGGAGACAAAAUAACAGUUUGCUUUGGUCUUUUCAAGGUAUUUUCUUGUCUUGUUGACAAAGGGAACAAUACAGAAAGUGAGCGUUUUAAUUGAAACAGUUGUCACUGCAUUACAUUUCAGUAUAUUAAGUCGACAUUAGAAUGUGUAAAGUUAAAUGAAUAAAGUGAUAUUGCAUCUACUGUAACUGUAUCAAAACGCACAAAUAAAACGACUUCAUACUUUAUCAUAACCUUGUCUUCAGUAUGCUUUUACUAUUACAGUGUUAUAACAUUUCCUAAACAAUCGGACAAUAAAACUUUUUAAAGUGGUUUAAAUAUUAAGUAUAGGGCCUAAAGAUGUCUUGGCAUUAAUGGAUAGUUUCACAACACUUUCAAUGCAUUGUGUGCUGAAUGCAACGUCUCUUGAUUUCACACGAUUCUGCCAGCGUUAACAGUCUGCUUCUUACUGUGCAUGCUAUUUAUGGUGUUAUGUAACAGACUGUGUUUUGCAGCAGGGCUCAUUAAGAGGGAGCUAAAUCAGCUGUCAGGAAUAGGCUACCUGAUAUAUUCUACAGCUGGGUGGCCGUUUGCCAUGUUAGCAAUGCAAUAGCCUCAGGCCUUGUAGCUUAGGGGCUGCUGUUUCUUUAUUUAUCUGGCUUCAGCUCCCAUCUACACUUUCAAUGGCAAAUCUAACUAUUCGCUUUCACCUUCGGUUUUUAGAACAAUGGUCAGGUUUGUAUAAGGUGCCAAGUCGGUGCCAAAAUAUCUAAAAAACAUCUUUAAUAUAUAAUACUAAGUCGUUCUUUUUUGCUGAAGUGAUUUGACUUUUAAUUUGAAUGGAACAGGAUGUGUUAAUACAGCAACAUCUCACAACUCACCCUGCAAUCCCCAUGUUUAUAAGAUAGAAACACUUCACCUAAACUGGCUCGACAAAAACAGUUUUAAGGAUAUAAUAUAUUUUCAUUCCCCUCCAUCUCAAUGAAACAGGGAUAUCACUGUAUUUUAAUCUCUCCCUCUUUUAAUGUUUCAGAUAUGCAACGCAUGCCAAAGCUGAUGUCGGUAUAACAAACACUGAGCCUUCACAGGCUCCUAACUCUACCACAGCUGAAAAUACUGCUAAUCACACACCGUGUCAAGAGCAGCACUCUAAUAUUGCAGAAGGCAUUUGCUGGCAUCUGGAGAAAACUUUAUAUUGCAUCAUUGCCAUAUGGUGUGAUGUAAUGGUGUCUCGUAAAGAACUUUUCCUUGGUUUAAAACCUGCUGUCACAAAGGACCAAAUGUGCCAAUCUGCAGCACACAGCAUAGGUAGGAACCACGUUGGGAGAUUGCAAUUUGAAUGGGCAGUUAUGUGGAAGGAAAAAAAUAAGCUAGUACUGGGAGUUUCUUCACUGGGACUGGCCAUUGAUGUGUUGUGACAGAUCAAAAAAAAAAAAGAAAAGAGGGAGUUGUGGGAAGAAUUCAGUAGGAAAAGUGAGCACACACUAUCACAUACAUGCACACCUCCAUUCAGUACAUUUGCACAUGAAGGGGAAGGGAUGGAAAGUCUUUCCAGUUGAGCGUGGGCGUAUUUGUGUGUUGACUCCAAAUUGCUAAAAGGGCCCAGAAGCUUUAUAUUGCAUUAAAUCUCCAACUCAGCUUUGUAGAAACUAGUUCAGGGUACCCGUUAUCUAGAGUGGGAGACAAGGCCUUUGCCUGACUGACGCCCACCACAACCCAGCACUUCUUUCACUCUUUUUGGAGAUCGUUUUAAGCUCCGUCUUUUGAAGGGAGGCCAGUUAUACCUCCAGGGCUGAGGGGGAGAAAAAAGUGUGUUUGCGUUGAGUCGGCAUGCGACAGUCUCACCCAUCUCCCUUUACUCCCUUUUAUUU